UGGGGGACCCCCCUGGCUUGACCCUUGACUGUGUUUUUAGUGAAGCUUCAGUUUGAAUGCUUAAAAUGUGCCACCUCUGGACUUGGUGGAUGGUUUAUGGUGGAGGGGGCCUUUACCACACUUGGACUGUCCUGUGCUAUGUAAUUUGCAGAUCCACAUAUUUGGUUUGUAUUUGUGGCCACUGGCCACCAGGGGGUCUGUUUCUCCCGAGCUCCACUGAACAGAAGAGGCCUUGUGGCAGCUGUUGCACACUCGCAGGAUGUGGUGAAGCGUUAUCUUCGUAUUGAAUGACUGUUACCCACGAUAGCUUACACGCUGCACGGCUCAUCUGCGGCGGCACGCUUCUGCACUCGCUGCAGCGCUGCUCCUCACUAUCUCGACUCGCACUUUGUAGAAGAAAGGUUGGCAUGAAGUGCUCAGAUCGCUCCUCCUAAGCGCCAAACAAAGGGGCUGCUGGUGACAACAACGUGGCCGGGCGGGGUCGUUGGGUGCUGAGGAGGCCGUGUGGAGGAGGCUCUGGAGGGCACUGGGGGUGUCCCUGCUGAUGACCAGCCGGAGGACUGGUCGCCGGCCACAGAAGGCCGCCUGCAGAUAAGGUCAACGGAAGUAUCUGCAUCUUUUGAAGUUCUCAGCUUUGAUGCAGUACAGCUCGCCUAGUCAAGGAUGACGGAAGAGGUGAUUGUCAUUGCCAAGUUUGACUACAUGGCCCAGCAGGACCAGGAGCUGGACAUCAAGAAGAACGAACGCCUCUGGCUCCUGGACGACUCCAAGUCCUGGUGGCGGGUCCGCAAUGCCACCAACAAGACGGGCUUCGUGCCCUCCAACUACGUGGAGCGCAAGAACAGCGCCCGGAAAGCCUCCAUCGUGAAGAACCUCAAGGACACGCUGGGAAUCGGCAAGGUGAAGAGCAGGAAGGGCGGCAUGCGCGACACGGCGUCCAACGCCGAGGCGGACAUGUACGCGGACAACGGCGAGCGUCUGUACGACCUGAACCUGCCGGCGCUGGUGAAGUUCAGCUACGCGGCGGAGCGCGAGGACGAGCUGUCCCUGGUGAAGGGCACGCGCGUGGUGGUGAUGGAGAAGUGCAGCGACGGCUGGUGGCGCGGCAGCUACAGCGGCCACUCGGGCUGGUUCCCCUCCAACUACGUGACGGAGGACAUGGACGGCACGGCGGCGGGCGCGGGCGGCGCCGCCGACCCGGCCGGCUCGCUGACGGAGAAGCUGGCGGCGGCGGUGGUGAACAGCGGCGCCAACGGCAGCCGCGUGCUGCACGCCGUGCAGGCGCUCUACCCCUUCAGCUCGGUCAACGACGAGGAGCUCAACUUCGACAAGGGCGAGGUGAUGGAGGUGGUGGAGAAGCCGGAGAACGACCCCGAGUGGUGGAAGUGCCGCAAGGCGGACGGGCAGCUCGGCCUGGUGCCCAAGAACUACGUGACCGUGCUGGACGCCGCCGCCCACAACGCGUCGUCGGCGGGGCCGGCGGGGCCGCCCACGCCCGACUGCGACUACAUCUCGCCGUCGGGCAGCGGGCGCUUCGCGGGGAAGGAGUGGUACUACGGCCGCGUGACGCGACACCAGGCCGAGGUGGCCCUCAACCAGCGAGGCAGCGAGGGGGACUUCCUCAUCAGAGACAGCGAGUCGUCGCCAAACGACUUCUCCAUCUCGCUGAAGGCGCAGAGCAAGAACAAGCACUUCAAGGUGCAGCUGAAGGAGAGCCUGUACUGCAUCGGCCAGCGCAAGUUCAGCUCCAUGGAGGAGCUUGUGGAACACUACAAAAAGGCCCCCAUCUUCACCAGCGAGCAGGGGGACAAACUGUAUCUGGUCAAGGCCCUCGCCGCCUCCUGAUCUCGCACACACACACACACGCACACCCAGGCAUACAUACAAACACACACACACACCGUACUACAUUGUUACAUUUCACUAAUGCAUGCAGACACCUUUCCACACAGAAAAAGAGGACAUGCAUUCGAACUUGUAAAGCCCCAACGACUUUCCGCGUCCUCUGGACUUUUAAUGCUGGGAAUUCUGAGCAUUCCAAGAGACGGGCGCAGAGCACGGGGGAGACGCACGGAGAGACUGGGAGAUGGGGGAGGGGCGGGGGAGGGAGGGGGGGAGGGAGAUUAUGGACAGAAAAUGGACUCCCUAAACCAAGGUUUGGAUUUUAAGGCCGCUGGUGGUCUUUGGACCGUUCUUAAAGAUCCAGGAUGUAUUUCUAGGGGCUCUCGCCGGUCGCCAACGAAAAUCUCCACCUUUUGUCGUCGACAAGAUCUUAGUUUAUUUUUUUUAUUUUUUUUUUAUAAUAUAUAUUCUUUUUAACUGUUUCUUUUAAAAAAAAUGUGAUUAUUUUAACUCUCAACUGUCCCAUUCUCCCAACAAUGAUAAGACUUGAGACCUUUUCCCCUUCAGAUGCUGGAGGCCCGGAGUCUACAUGUUUUUGGUUGAAAAACGUUUCACGUCAUUUUUCAUCUGUUCUUUUGCGUUUUUUUGUGUCCGUCUACAGUGAUUCUUCUUCAUGACAUGCUACGUUGUGGACGCCAUCCCUCCGCAACUUUUUGCUAACUGCUAAUUAUGAAUAAAAUAAUUAAGUGACCAAAGUAUAUUUAUUGAUACAGUCCAAUCAGAAACGCGACCCCCUAAUGAUUGACCUUUUUGGAUCAAACGAUGACACACUGAUGUGUCGCGAAUGGAAGACACCGGUCCAUGCACAUGAAGCCUCGCCGUCCUCCAAGUCCCCCCCUGUGUCUCCCGCCACACGUCGAACCAUUUGUUAUGUAUCGCCACGGCCUGAGCGCCUCUCACGUAUUGCUGGCUCCUUAUCUUUUUGAAUGUUGUUCUACGCUGUCACUGCACAGUACACACUGCUCACCCCCCUCUCCCCUCCCCCCCUCCACCAAACGAAGUCCCCUUUUCAUUUGAAAAGAAAACGGAUCUGAAAGCGUUAAAUGUCCCGAAGCAAGCCAGCGUAGAUCGCGCCGUGGCAACGCGCCAUGGAAAUGACCGACAGAGUGAUUGACAGCCCCGGAGUGGGCUGGAGUGGGCGAUUUCUGGAAUAAAGGAUUCGAUUAUUAUAAUUAUUUUAUGGUUCCUCCUUGUUGAGUUUUCAAGAUCUUGUCGCUCUUCUUGGUUCUUCUGCUUCCUGCCAUGAUAGACAACAGACUUUGUCCCAGCCUUCAUCUGUGUCAACCAACCCACACCCAACCACCCAGUAAAGGUGUAAGGGGAGGCCUCUGUGUCCACAGUGAUGUCACUGCUGACCAAUCAGAGCCUUAACGGGGGCAGGAGGAGGAGGAGGAGGAAGCGGGGAAGGGAGGGGAAGAUGAGUAAGAUGACGGGUCAUCCUGAGGUCACGUUUGUGUGAGUGUACAUCAAGCUAUGCACACAAGCGUGUCUGACCAUACCAUAAUCUCCUGUGUGUUUCUAUGGUGAAGCCGUUUUAUGAGUUGAGCAGCAGAAAGAAAAGCUGAUUGUAUAACUGUGCCUCUCUGUAUCAAAAGAAGCAUUCUCACUAUUCUGUUAGUUUUUUUGCUGUGUCGUGGAUGGAUGGGCCCUGUUGAUUGUUGCGGUUCAGAUUUGGAAGAACCAGGGGAAUAAAAAUAUUGCAUUGUAGUACAGUGCUGUACGCCAAGCGAGGCCCAGAAGUUGGAAUCACUGUCUGUUUUAGUUGUUUGGGCUCUUGUGAGGUUAGAAUGCCGUUAAGCGGGUUAGAAAUAAGGUAUAGUCUCUUAGGUAGGACUUCUAUAUGUGUGAGAAUGGACCACGGAGAGGCAGGUGGGGUGGGGGGGGGGCACCAGGGACCUACAGUGAGGUGGAUUUAGAGAGCACGUCCAGAAGGCCCGGGAGAGCCACCACUGGGGACGCCAUGAUGCGUUGGCCAGCUGUAUCGCUCGCUUGGAUAAGAGCUCGGCACCAGAAGAGGGUUUUCCAGAAUGAGGAAUGGAAAAAUGAUCCUUCAAAACAAAAGCGCAGGUUUUUGGAGGCUCUUCUUAUUCCACAGGGUACAGUUACCAGAGCGCUGACCUCAGUGAACAGGGUGGAGUACUGCCUCUGCUUGUGCAUCAUGUAUCUGAGAUGGAAAUUAAGUUGUGACUUUUCUUUCUCCAGGAUUUUAGUAUUUAUUUUUGGGGUGGUUGGAGGUUCAAAGACAAAAGUAAACAAAACUGAACAUUUUGCUCAAGCAAACUCAAACGAUUUCAUGACUGGGAUUUCACUGCAUCUGCUGGUAAAAUAAUCAACAUUUGUGCACGAUAGCUUUGGUUGCUCUGGGGAAAGAUCAAAUUGGAUUUGUUUUUCCUGUGGUACUAUAUUACCUCUUCCAGAAUUCUGAGAAAUAUGGGACGUUGGAAACUUUGGCUACAAACUUUAGAGAUAUCAAGUCUCUUUCCGAUGGAAGGCUUUUCCCACUAAUCGGCAUCAGUAAUCUAGUCGCAAAUGUGUAAACCAUACAUUUGCAUGAAGAUUACAGAUACUGCAUGAAGAUUAAAGAUACUGCAUGAAGAUUACAGAUGCAGUCUCCUAUCUGAUUUUGCAAAGCUGGAUGCUACAUAGGUGUCGUAAGAAUAAUGGAUGUCUUUGGCACCAUCCUUAAUAUUCCAACUGCUUUCAAUAUGGGAACCCUUAAUUAAGGAGAAAAUAACAUGUUUGAUGGAUCCAGAUCCUGGCCUAGGUGUGGUCCAGCCUUGGUCCCGGCAGUUGGUUGGUCUUCCAAACGACCGGACCAUGCGGUUAAUGAAAUGGUAUUCCACCAGGGUGAUUGUCAAAAGAAGUUUACAGCGACCGCUCAGGUUAAGGGGCUGCAAUCGGCCUCGCCUCGCCUGAACUUUCCCCUUUUAACCUCUGCUUGUAAUAUCAGUGUAAGUACUAGGCAAGACACAUAAUGUCCUGGUCGAAAGGAUUCACUAGGAGUUAAUGUGAAAAACGAAUUAAAGUGCCUUCAUAGCUAACUGUCAACCAAAGGUUUGGUGUUCCUUUUUGUCAGCGUGCUUCUAGUACCCCCCCCCCCCCUCCCCUUCGCUCUCAAUUCAAUUCACUUUCCUCUAUUGGCAAGAACAAUGAAACACUAUCGCCAAAGCUGUUCUCUAUCUACUCCCUCUUCUCUCUUCGCUGUAGUGUGUAUGUGGUCAGCGGUUUUGCAUGCACGUCAACUGAUUCAGAUUAGUGAGCGCUGGGUGGAGGCGAUGCUCGCAACACGUCCUCGGUACGGUGAGAUCGCGUCCCUUUAUCAGUGUGAGGGGGAGGGAUUUCCAACGGGGAGUGGGAGCAUUGCAGAAGUGGCGUUCUAUUCGUACGUGAUGCAUAAAAUGCCCAUGUUAUAUGGUAUCAAGUGACCUUACUGUAGUUCAUUUCAUUAAACACGGCCCUGUGAUGUAAACAGGGGUGUGUGUGUGUGUGUGUGUGUGUGUGUGCGUGAGAAAGAUUCCCUGUUUCCCUUUAGAUGUCAACCCUUAGCGUGAUGUCUGCCUCAAACCCCACUUGCCCUCCCGAAUCAUAAAGGCAAGGACAAUUUAUUUAUCUCCAAAUGCAAUCACAUGUCAAACCCUCUAUGUUUCUAAGACGCAGGCGUGGUAUUGAGUCAAAACAUCCCCAGUGAAGGCAUCUUUCUGCAGUUGAGUCACUUCCGAUAUGACUUCAGUGAUUUCGUUACUCGUAAGCCAUCUUCCUGAACAAGCUUGGUUUGACGAGGACCUCGCAUCAAUACUCAUUCCCAUGAUACCUUUCACCAUGGUAGCAGGGCCUCUGAUCUGUUACAGCCCUUAACACGUUCAGUCUCUUAACACUGUUUAGGUCACCUCCAGUUCUCUGUCAAGUAUUAAGUGCAUUUGGAAAACGGCAUCCUGCCCGUUUGUCUGAACUACCCCAGUGCAGAACGAGUGAGCUUGGUGAUAAAAAUAAAAUAAACACAAGACAGCAACAAUCUGUCAACUCGGUGCUUUUUGUCCGUGCUGCUUUUUAUGUCGUCUAUGGUGUUCUUUGUCACACAAAGGUUUAGUUCUGUGAGCGGAGAGGACAGGAGCGGCCCGGGGGGAUACGAGUGUGCUGUGAAGUAUAAUGUAAAGCUCUUAAUACUGUUUAAUAGAGGUGGAAAUCAUCUUCACAUGUAAUAAAUUAGCAGAGUUUAUUAGACUGUUCAAAGGAAGUAAUAAACUACAUAAAAUGA